UUGAUCGCUCGCAAUACGUAUUUGGACGGGUUCACGAGAGGUUUGUUGGUUUUGGUGCUAAGUUGAAUAUUUCUUGUGAUGGAGUGGUCGGAAGAAAAUAUAAUUAAACUGAUUAAUUCGUACCGCGGAAAAUGUUUAUUGUGGGAUCCUAAACAUAAGGACCAUUUUAAAAAACCUCUCAAAGCCGAUGCCUGGAGGGAAAUAGAAAGAGAAAUAAGGAUACCUGCGGACCAAUGUAAAAAAAAAGUGAUUUGCCUGUUGUCAUCUUACCGACGUGAAAAAUCAAAAAUAAAAACUAGUAAAGGUACAGGAACAGGAACAGAUGAAGUUUAUGUCAGUAGGUGGUUCGCGUACGAAGCUCUCAAGUUUCUAGAUGACAGGGAUGUGCCAAGGAAACGACUUACGACGGAAACAGAACAUAUUAUGGAAAAUGUAGAUGAAAUCGAAGCAGAAGUCAGUCUUUCGGCACAAAGCCAAGAGACGUCAGCACCAUCGUCUAUUGACAUACCCCCUAAGCGAAGCAAGAGAGCUGAUGAACCUUCUUCAUCAAUGAUGAGCAAUGCAUUUAAUAUUUUGCAAAAUGCUGCAGAUAAGCUCGACACAUUAAAGGAAAAACCGAACGAGAUUAACACAUUUUUCACGUAUGCUGCUACAAAAGUGAUUAAUUAUUCCAAAGAGACUCAGACCGCGGUGCAGCAGGCAGUAUUCGAAAUACUGAUGAAAGCUGAUAGAGGAGUUUAUGAUUCGGCAAGUUCACAUCAUCAGCAUUCAUGGCAAAAUCCCCCCGUAAAUAUGACUCCGAGUCUACCUUCUCCCUCCUCACAAUCUUCCUAUACUUCCAUGGCAAAUAUCUCCAAUCCACCUGAGUCCUUUGAGUAGGUUAUUUAAGACGCUAUUCAGGUUUUGUGUAAUAAAGUAUCUAUUUAACGCAUCUUUAAUAAUUUUUGUUUAAUCUAAUAAUG